UCGACAAGGUUUUCCGGGAUCAAAUUUAUUUCUUCAGGCAUAUGCAUAAUCAGAUGCAUAUAUACUAUUUUAGUACACAUACAUCCCCGUAUCCGUCUGCUGCUGCAUCAAUCCGCGCCAUGACGAUGCACACGAUGGUAGCUGCAGCAGCCCUUGCGCUCCAUCUCUUUGCAGUUUCAGCCACACGCGCAAGCGCUCAGUUGUCGUCGUCGCCGCCGCCGCCAGUAGCAGCAGCAGCCAUCUGCUCCUGCCUCCUCUCCAACGGCGUCACCAACUUCUCCCUCCCGUCGUCUCCAAGCUACACGCCGCUCCUCGACUCCUCCAUCCGGAACCUCCGCUUCGAGCUCCCAACCGUCAACAAGCCGGCGGCCAUCGUGGUCCCAGCCACCAGGCGCGACCUCCAGCGCGCCGUCCUCUGCGCGCGCAACAGCUCGCUGGCGAUCCGCGUGCGCAGCGGCGGGCACAGCUACGAGGGCCAGUCGUACACGACGCAGAACCGCGUGCCCUUCGCCCUGAUCGAUCUGUCCGGCCUGAACCGCGUCCGCGUCGACGGGGCGUCGGGCACGGCCUGGGUCGAGUCCGGCGCGACGCUGGGCGAGGUGUACCGCGCGGUGGGGCGGUCGAGCCGGGCGCUGGCCUUCCCCGCCGGGUCGUGCGCGACGGUCGGCGUGGGCGGGCACGCCGCCGGCGGCGGGUUCGGCCUGCUGUCGCGGAAGUUCGGCCUCGCCGCCGACAACGUCCUGGACGCCGUGCUCGUCGACGCGGGCGGCCGCGCGCUCACCCGCGACACCAUGCAUGGCGACGUGUUCUGGGCCAUCCGCGGCGGCGGCGGCGGCAGCUGGGGCGUGGUGUACGCCUGGAAGUUCCGCCUCGUCCCGGUCCCCGACAGCGUCACCGUGUUCAGCGUGGUCCGGACCGGGCCGACGGAGCUCGUCGCCGGGCUGGUGCACAGGUGGCAGUACGUGGGGCCGAGCCUCCCCGACGAGUUCUACCUCUCGGCGUACAUUCCCACUCCCACGGGCCGGUCCUCGGACGGUAACCACUCCGUGUCGUUCACCGGGCAGGUUCUCGGGCCAAAGCGCCUCGCCAUGUCGGUGCUCAGCCGGACCUACCCCGAGCUGGGCCUCGCCGAGUCGGAGCUGUCCGAGGUGAGCUGGAUCGAGUCGGCGGCGAAGUUCGCCGGCCUCAGCACGGUCGCCGAUCUCACGGACCGUCAGCCCGGAGUGGGGCGCUACUCGAAGAGCAAGUCCGACUACGUCCGGGCGCCGAUCUCGAUGCAGGACGUGGUAAAGAUCCUGCGGUACAUGGCGACGGGGCCGGCGGAGGGGUCCAUGCAGUUGGACCCCUACGGGGGCGCCAUGGCGCGGAUCGGGAGCGCCGCGACGCCAUUCCCGCACCGCGCUGGGUACCUGUACAGCAUCCAGUACGGCGUCUCGUGGAAGGCGUCGGACGUCGACCGUGAGGACGAAUACGUUGGAUGGCUGCGCUCGUUCUACGCCUUCAUGGCGCCCUACGUGACGAAGAACCCACGGGCUGCGUACGUGAACUACCUGGACCUUGAUUUGGGCACCAACGAUUGGAUGAACGCCACCGGUGGAAUGUCGUCUGGCUCCGUGGGACACGCGGCAUCCUGGGGCGAACGUUAUUUCAUGACAAACUUCGGUAGGCUGGUUCGGGCCAAGACUAGGGCUGAUCCUGGAAAUGUGUUCAACAAUGCACAAAGCAUUCCUCCUUUAUACUCUCGUAAUGUAUAGCAGUAGAAUGAACGAUUUAUUUGCUGCUUGGGACAAUAAUGGUGCAGGUCUUCAAAUAUCAUGCAUACCGGUGCAGUUUUGUUGAGAUUCUGGGAAUAAUAAUGGUUCAGAUCUUCAAAUAUCAUACCGGUGAAUCCC